AUGCCUGUCGAGAAUGAGGAUAAUUUCCAAGACGCAGUAGUUCCAUUUCAUGUGGCGCGAUUAUCAAUUAAACCCCCACCGUUCUGGAAGUCAGAUCCGCGGUUAUGGUUUGCGCAGGUGGAAGCUCAAUUCGCGCGAGCUGGAAUUUCCACUGACGAAACAAAAUACUUCACAGUGGUUGCGGAAAUUGAUUCAGUGGUACUUGCGCAUGCUAGUGACAUUAUUUCGGCUCCACCUAGUUUUGGCAAAUAUGAUGCCUUAAAACCAAGGCUUAUUGGAGAGUUUGACGGAUCUAAUGAGAAGCGGCUCAGGCGUUUAGUGGAAAGCUGCGAGUUAGGUCAAAAGAAACCUACAUCGUUAUUGCGUGAAAUGAAGGACUUGGCAAAUCAACAGCUGGGUAAAGACAUGUUGAAGUCUUUGUGGUUACGGUGUUUACCCGUUCAUGUUCAACAAAUUUUAGCAACUAUCGAGGGUGAUAUAGAUAUCCUAGCUAAAAAGGCUGAUGAUUUUUUGGCGAUUCCAGCAACGAGUUAA